AAGAGAAGAAAUAGAUGAUAUAAUAAUAUUCGUAAGUCGUAACUCCUCCCCCACGACACUUUACUCUUUUUGCCGGCCGAAAUCCAAUCCAAGAAAACAACAAGAAAUGGUGGAAAUCGUAGAAACCACCCCCGAAGAAACACAACCAUUACUAGUAUCAUCACUGCAACACAAAAACAAUAAUGAAGGAGAAAGAAAGCAGGUGAGAACAAAAGUACCAGAGGUGGAGAUCCAUCUGUACCGGAGUGGACAAGGCCCCAUCGAUGUCUUCAAAUCAAGCUUAGGCGGGUGGGAUCAAGAUCAGCUUGAAGUCGCCGACAUCUGUGAUAAAUAUGGUUUCAAAUCUCUUUAUGCUUUCAAUACUUGUGGUUCCGGCAGAGGCGUUCCAAUUCGUUUCAACCUUAAAAACGGCCGCUCUAUCCUUCCGUACAAAGAUGGCUCUGUCAUCUAUGUCGACGGAGAACCCAAGGACUCGUUGAUAAAGCCAAUCACCAGGAUCUUAUUAGGAGUUGCAGUAAUAACCGUAAUGAUAGUAUUGGUUAUGAAGGAGACACCAGGAUGGGCGAAGAAGUUGAACUUCACAGGCAUCAACUUAAACUUCCCUCCAUGGGUCCUAGCUUGUGUGGUUAUAGUUUUCACCCGUCUGAGGAAAAGAACCAAGGAUUUCUUUGCAAAGCGUCACUGAUUUUAGUCAUCCAUUUGGGGUCCAUACCAUCAAAUCUAACUACAGUUUUCAUAAGAUGAUUCUGUGAUAUAUUUUGUGGUUUUGCUUGAAAAAAUCCUUGUUUUUAUAAUUUAUUAUGCAGUUUUUUGUUA